UUCCCCAGCAGCAUGUAGGAGCCUCUCCCCUCUGCUGUUGCGCCAGACACAGAGGCAGACUCACAGGACACCCGAGACAUCAUGAAGAGCCUGCUCCCUCUGGCCAUCCUGGCUGCGCUGGCCGUGGCAGCCCUGUGCUAUGAAUCUCACGAAAGCAUGGAAUCCUAUGAAGUCAGUCCCUUCACCAACCGGAGAAAUGCCAACACCUUUAUAUCCCCUCAGCAGAGAUGGCACGCUAAAGCCCAGGAAAGAGUCCGGGAACUCAACAAGCCUGCCCACGAGAUCAACAGGGAGGCCUGUGAUGACUACAAGCUGUGUGAGCGCUACGCCCUGAUCUAUGGGUACAACGCCGCCUACAACCGCUACUUCAGGCAGCGCCGAGGAGCCAAAUAAGAGCACAAGGAAACAGUCGCUUUGUUACGGAGUCUGGUUUCAUAUUCCCCUGCAGUAGCAUUACCGAUACACAGAUACGUGUGCGUUGCUUGUUCCUCACAUGAUCUCCUGUCUGGCUGGGCCACUCCUUCCUUCCGAGGGUUGAAAGUAAAGAAAGAGCAGUAUUAAGAAAUGUGUUUAUAUAUAAUAAAAUUCUGGUUUGAUACUU